AUGGCUUUGAGAAGUGGAGAUUGGUCGCUAUCCUCUAUGAGAUUGAAAAAUCCAUGUUACAAUGAUGAUGAUGAUGAAUCAAACUUUGAAAAUGAUGUGUCCAGUCCCACUCAUGCAACUGAUGUUGAAUAUGAACCUAACUUAGAAGUCAAUGAGUGGACUGAGGACACCGCAACUGUUAACAGGGAAGAAUAUGCAUAUUACUCUAAUAAUGAACCGUGGUUUGCUGAUUUGUUCAAUAACUGUGAGCAUGAUAGAGCACUACUUGUUUCUGAAUUGGGAAAAACUAGACUUCAUAGUGAUAUUUUUGAGCCUAGAAAUGAAUGUAACUUAAAUGCAUCUGAUUCUCUGCCUAGAACACUGUAUGUUGCUCAAUCAGAUUUUCUUAUGCAUGAUAUAGAGGUUUUGGAUAAUGAUGAUUCUGAAGUGAGAUUUGAUGUUUUGUUCUUUGAAUGUGAGCAUGAUUUACCUGUUUAUGACUUAGGGAGAGUGUGUGAUGGCACUAAUGAUCUUACACAUGAAAACAACUUAGACGUACCUACUUCCCUGCCUAUGUCACUAACUGGUAAUCUUGCACCCAACCAAGAUUUGGUUUGUAACAAAAUGUUGGAAGGUGUACCUCUUCCCAUCCCUAACAAAGUUCAUUUUGAACUAGACCUUGCGCAUGAUGAACCUCCGAAACUGCAGAUUUUGUGUCUAAAAGUAUAUCCGUUGAAAAAUCCAGGUUUCGGGUAUCAAGUUGAAAUUCCUCCUUUUAUACUGGAAACUGAACCUUUUCAACUAGUGAAAGGGCUGUCUGAAGAGGGCAUCAUGGUUGAUGUUGCCGAUUCUUUUGUAGAGGCAUUACCUAUCCCAAUUAUGUGGAUUAAUAAUGUCAAUGAUAGGCGAGACGAUAAAAAUGGUUCAUUGAAUUCUAAGAACACCAAACACAUCAUAAAGUCUUCUAAUAAGGAAGUCAUAGAGACUACGGUGAAGAGCGAAGAUAAAAUCUACUGUGCAGCUCCAGGUUGUUUGUGCAACUCGUGGACUGAUCUUGAGAAAGAGGCUAUUCUCCUUGGUUUAUAUAUAUUUGGCAAAAAUCUUGUUACGGUGAAGAGAUUUGUCAAGAGUAAAGCAAUGGCAGACAUAUUAUCUUUCUAUUAUGGGGAAUUUUAUAGGUCUGCUGCAUACCUCAGAUGGUCGAGCUCGAGGAAUAAGGACCGGAGAAGCAGGAGGUGUAUACAAGGACCAAAGAUGUUUAAGACUUGGAGGCAACAUAAAUUUUUGUCUUGUUUGCUUCCUCUCAUACCUGAGAAAUGUCAUGCUACUCUGGUGGAGGUCUCCAAGAAUUUCGAAGCUAGUAAUCUUUCUUUAGAAGACUACGUAUCAACUUUAAAGGCUACUAUUGGCCUGGCAGUGCUUGUAGAAGUUUUUGGUAUUGGCAAGGGAAAGCAGGAUCUCACUGGCCUAGUUACAGAUCCUGCACGAAACAAUCAGCAAGUCAUUUCUCACCCUGAAAUACCUGUUGGCAAAGGAUGUUCCACUCUUACUCUUGAUGAAAUAGUUGGGUUUUUAACGGGGGACUAUCUCUUAAGCAAAUCUCGGUCAAAUGAUCUUUUCUGGGAAGCUGUUUGGCCCCGUUUGCUUGCAAGGGGUUGGCAAUCUAAGCAGCCUAAAAAACACAAUUUUGUGUCAGAUCCUAGACUUAUAGAGCUCGAGGAUGAACCUGGUAAAGCCAACAUAGGUAGUCAAGAAAAUGACUGUGAUAACAAGAAGAUGAAACUUGAGAAAGGUGGUAGUUCUGAUCAUAAACGGAGCAUUUAUCUUCAACCGCAACUACCGAAGAGCAAUUCAGAUCUCAUGAAGUUUACAGUUGUAGAUACUAGUAUGGGAGAUGGAGAAGAUCCGUUCCUAGUUAGAGAGUUAAGAAGUUUGCCUGUUCAAACUACUGAAACAUCCUUCCAUGAAAGUCUUUCAAGUCACAGUGAAAAUGGUUUUAAAGAGUUGGCACAUGAAAAAGGUGUAGUUGACAUGUCAUUGAACUGUACAAGAGAUACUAGUACUUGCCGGAGGAAGAAUCCUAGCCAACCAAACUGUUUGUCUCCUGUCAUCAAACGCCGGAGGUUAACUGCUUGUUGCGAAGCUAAGGCAAUCUGCAGCAAAGACAGUUCCUCUAGAACUCGUGGUAUGAGAGAGGAGGAGGAUCCCCAUUUAUAUUUAGGCUCAUCUGAUUCAAGUGACAACAUGGUGUCUGAAGUAACGCAAUCCCAAGAGAAAGUAUAUUCUAGUUCUUCGGGUAAAGGCAGUCCAGAUGAGAACUUCUUUGGUAAAUAUAUCUCUCAAAAAGAAAAAUAUCCACCUCGGUUGUCUAUUGACCUGAACCUUCCACAUGUUCUGUCAAAUGUUGAAACAGACCAGCCAUUCUUCAAAGAAGUUGAGAUCAGUCAAUCUGAUCCAAGUUUUGAGCACCCACCUUCCCCUGCUAGUAGUGAGUUGACUGGUACCGAGCAACAACUACCUGGUUUGGUUUCUCGGAGGCAGGGCACAAGAAAACGACCACUAACAGCCAAAGCUUUAGAAGCUUUAGCUUGUGGGUUCUUAACCACAAAAAGAAAACCGAGAUAA